AUGGUAAAAUGUUUAUUUUGUCUUAAAUAUUGGAUAUCAGAGGCCCAUCUUUUUCCGAUAAGAUCACAGCAUCAACCUUGAUUUAAAUUGACUAAUAAUUCGUGUUUUGAAAGUUAAAGAUUUUGGAUGAUAUUGAGUUAGAGACUUAGCUACUUUAAGAUCUCUCAACUCUGAACAUGGUUAUGUCUUGUCUGGUCAUCAUAGGGUGUGAAGUGUCAAACGGGUGUAUCUAAGAAUUUCUAAAGAUUAAGAAAUAGAACCUCUUGAAUUUCAAAAUCAAGAUACAAAAUUUGGACACAUGAUAACCAGAACAGUUCUGAUUAUACACAGCUUAGAAAGAAAUGUGCAUAUUAAUCGGGAGAUUUUAAAAAUGCAAAAGGUGUAUUUGACUAAUUUCCCGAGUUACACCCUUUUGACACUUCACCGACGAUAUGUGCUUAAAGGCUCAAUACCACUCUUGUUGUAACUGAAUAAUAUGUCCCAAUCUUUAUUCUGGUCAACAAAUCGCACUAUUUUACAAUAUUCCAAUUAAUUGAUGAUACAAAUUUCAUCUUAACACACCUAAUUUAAAAAAAUUGAAAAAAUUCAACUAAAUGAUUUGAAAAGCCUGACGUAAAGCUUUUCGAGUGUGAUUUGGAUUUAAAAAUAUUUUUGAACCCUCUGGACAAGUAAAAUAGGAUUUAAUGGAUAAUUUACACAACAGGUAGGACACUAACACAUCUAGUACUUAGAAUAAGACUAUUUUUUUAUUUUUUGGAGCUGUCAAGCCAGCAAGAGUGUUAUUGUCCCUUUAAGAUCUGUCAACUUUGCACUCUGAUAAUUUAAAGAUGCAUUAUGUAGGAUUUUGUUAAAAUUGCAAUUUCAUAUUUUUAAGUUAUAUUUUUAAAAUUUAUUGAAAUAAAGCCUUAAAAUAGAUGGUAUCUAUAAAUCGUCCUACCUUGUUAAAGAAUAAUUCUAUUAAUCCUAUAAUUCACUAUUGCCAGUUGAGAAAUUGGCAAAAAUAUCAUUUUCAUCUUCAAAUUCCAACGUUUGAAGAUAACUACUCCAUGGUGGAGAAUAGAAAACAUGGGAGGUAAUUGGGAGGUAAUUGUGUUAUUAUUUCCGGUGUAAAUGAGUUUUAAGUGUGAGAAUGACACCUAUGAUCGUAUAAUAGUGAGUUGACAACCUAUUGAGCAAAAGACAUAGAAAUAAUUAUGUUUUGACUUUCUUAGAAAAUAUGAAAUUGUAACUUUAAAGAGACGACAAAUCUCGCUAUAAUAGUUCAAAAAUAGAUAAAUAUGCUUAAGAUCGUUCAACUUUGAUCACGAUUAUUUCUUUUCUAAGACUGAUCAUUUGAAGAUGUAUUAAUGUACGGUUUUGUUAAAGAGACGACAAAUCUCGAUAUAAUUUCAAAAAUAGAUAAAUAUACUUAAGAUCUUUCAACUUUCAACACGAUUAUUUCUUUUCUAAGACGAUGAGGAUUCAUUCCUAUUCUAAACAACGCCGAGUGGUUGCUAAGGAUACACACGGGCGCCAUCUUAGUAUUCCUGUAGAUUAUCCAGUUACUGCAAAAAUGAAAAAGAAAGCUGGUCGAGGAGAGAGUCUACGUAAAAUAGUCGAGACGAACAACUUGCCGAUUAGCAUAGAACUUUGUACACCACCUGAUGGAUACUCGUUACAGAUUGGCAAGGCAAUACAAGGGAUAGACGUGUUCGGUAAAUUGAAUCUUACAGACAUCUACGAUGAAACAUAUCUACUAGCUAACAGUAUCAAUGAAGGUCAUUUAGAUGAAAGGCUACUAUUUGUCCCGAUCUACUUACGGACUGUUAACGUGUCUGUGGUAUCUGGUAUAAAAGGUCAACCGCGGUCUGUAUUCACAGCUAUUCAACGGAACAUGAACAAGGUAGCGAACGGUAUUAUGUACGAUUUGACUGGUGGAAAUCCAGAUAUUGCUGUUUAUUCACCUGACAUUAUCUCGAAAUCAACAGAAAAUGUCUACGACUACAUCGAACCGAAUCAUUUCAUCAAAUACCGUGCUACUAACGAGAAACGAACAGAUCCCACAACAAUGUCAUGCGUCAAAGAGCUUCGUGAUCGUAUUGAACAGAAGCAGAUACAGUCAACAUACGCGCAGCUUAACGCGACAGGUGACAGACAGGUGUAUUCAAAACUUACCCCACAACAAGAGGAUGUCGCAACAUCCCCUCCUCCCCUUCCUGCGCGAACAUAUCGACCGGGUGUGUCUUACCCUACCCAACCCAAUAACAAUGGUGGCCAGGUAGACAAAAGAGGUCAAGAUGCCGUCAAAUCGUCCCAAAUCCCGUUUUUACAAAGAUCGGAUUACGUUAAAGGCUUCAGCAUCCAGGAUCUAGCGGAAAAUCUAGAAACAUUAAAACUGGGUAAAUAUGCUAAAUGUUUUAAAGAAGUUCAAAUGGACGGGGAUUUGUUAUUGGAACUAGACGAAGAGAGUCUUAAGAGCGAUUUCAACAUGAAGAAUUAUGAGGCUGCUAAACUGAUGAAAUUUGCCAGAACAGGGCAUGUGCCUCAAUAAGAUACUGAUACGUGUCUCAGUAAGAUACUGAUACGUGUUUCAACAAGGAACUAGUUACAUGACCCUAUAAUAGCAAGUGCAGGAGACCCACACCAUGCAGCAACAGUUAAUAGAAUCCCAGAGGUAUUUGUGGAAAGUACACACGCAUAUUAUAUGAUUGAUGUUUGUGGGAUAACUGAAACGUGGCUGAAUAAUGAAUGUUCGGAUUCAUUAAAAAUCGUAGCUUUAGUACCCGAUGGAUAUUCUAGAGGUUCACGUGGCGGAGGUGUAGCACUUAUAUUUAAGUCAUCUUUUAAGUCUAAGAAAAUCCGCCAUGAACGUUUUUAUUCUUUCAAAAUUUUGGCAGUUUUCUUUCAAGGAAACUAGGAUUAUUAUACUAGUAAUUUAACAGCCGGCCAGUAGCAAAUUGUGUCAAAAAUUUAUGGAAGAAAUUGGAUUAUGUCUGGAUAAGUUGUUUAUGACAAAGUGCUGCAUUUUUAUGUGGGGGAUUUUAAUUUUCAUGUUGAUGAUUCCAGUGACUCUACCGCGGUUGAUUUUUGUGAAAUGUUGAAUAAAAUAUCUUUCAUACAACAUGUUUCCUCUUCACCUCGUAACGGUUGACAUAUUCUCGGUCUUGUCAUUUUUGAAAUAACUAAUUUAUGUGAUCUUCAAUGGGAUAAUCUGUGUGCCUUGGACAAAUUAAUAUCGGAUCAUUUUUCGGAUAGUUUUAAUCUUAAUAUCCAGAAAUAACAACCGAAAAGAAAGACUGUAAAAUAUAUAAGAGGGUUUAAAUCACUUGACAUUAAUAAAAUAAAACACAAAUCAUCAACUCAAGAUUCCAAUGAGGUUCAACGUAUUUAAGACAUACAAGAGAAAGCAACCCGGCAUCACUCUAAACUUGCUGAAAUUUUGGACUCACUUUUGCCCCAUAAUACGAAAACAUUUACUAUUCAUCCCAACACGCAGUGGUUUAAUGACGCUAUUUUAGAAGCAAAAAGGGAACCUAACAAGGCUGAACAUGGCCAUAAACAGAUUUAUAAAUCUUUAAAAAACAAUGUGAAUAAAUUAAUUGAAGACGCUUAAUUAAAUUUUACUCUGAUAAAUUAGAAAUUGGUGAGAACAGACACAAAGAUCUGUAUUAAGUUGUAAAUUCAUUAUUGGGUCAUAAUGCUGAACUCGCAAAUUUAUUCUCGAAUUUCUUUUGAAUAAAAAUAUCGAAUUGAU